AGCAAUUAACUCUCAAAGCCAGCGGCGAUCGCUAGGCAGAUACCAACAAAUAUGCCACUCCACCUCCUGGGCAAGAAGUCCUGGAACGUCUACAAUGCCGACAAUAUAGCCCGCGUCCAGCGCGACGAGGCCGCCGCCGCCGCCGAGGAGCACGCCGCCGAGCAGCGCAUGCAGGAUGCCGACGCCGCCCGCCGCCUCGCCAUCCUGCGCGGCGAGACCCCGCCGCCCCUGCCAGAGGAGGAGCAGCCCGCCGACCCCUCCGACAAGAAAUACCUGCGCCGCGAGCGUGGCCGCGACGGCGCCUGGCUGGGCGGCCCCAGGAAGCGGAAGCGCGCCGGCGAGGACGACACCGACUUUGAGAUGAGGGUCGCGCGCGAGCGGGCCGAGGAGGGCGGCCGGGUGAGGGCGGAGCUCGGGGCGGGCGGGCAGGAGGAGAAGGGGGGUGUGGAUGUGGAUGUGGACAUCGUGGAUGGUAGGGGCCACAUCGACCUGGUCGGGGCUGUGCCCGAGGACCCUGGCGAGAAGAAGCAGGAGGGCAAGGCGCGCGGCGUGGCCGGCCGGGACACGACGGGUGCGCUCAAGGGCGAAUUUGCGGACACGCCGUGGUAUGCCGAUGCGAAACGCAGGCGCAUCACCCCGACUGUCUCAUCGACCGCCCUCGUCCCUGUUGUUGCUGCUGAGAGGGGCAUGGAGGCGCCCACCACGAACGUGUGGGGCAGGGACGACCCCAAGAGGCGGGGGAGAGAGACCGCGAGGCUGGACGCCAGUGACCCGCUGGCCGCGAUGAAGUCAGGUGCCAAGAAGGUGCGCGACAUGGCGAAGGAGAGGCGGCGGGACGCCGAGGAGCGGGCGCGCGAGCUGGAAGAGCUCCGGAAGGAAGAUCGGAGGCGGGAGGGGCGGAGGAGGGGGCGAGACCACGCAGGCGAGGGCAGGGACAGCGGUGGGGAUGCGGAUGAGCUGCGGCGACACUCGCACCGUUCAGGACGCUCUGGGCGAAGGCAUCAAAGUGGCGAGCGCCGCGAGAGCAGUCAUGGUCACGGCCAUCGAGAGGAUCGUCGACGGCACAGAGAGAGGGAGCAUAGCCGAGAGCCCGAGAAAGACAGGCACCACAGGCACCACAGGCGGGACAGGGAAAGGUCUCGGGAAAGGGACAGGUCCUCGCGGUCACGUCGAUAUGAUGAUGGGGACGACCGCCAUGGACACCGUGAAAGGGACGACAGGCGCCGAUAGCAUAUUUAGCAAAAGAUACCCAGCACGUUAACGCCGUGCAUGUUUUACUGAUAACAACAAUUCAAACAUGAGUACACACUCAA